CAAGAAUCAUCCAGCUUUUUUAUUACUGUCAUUUUGCUUCUCUAUACAAACUCUCCCCAUUCUUAGCUUUCCAGUUUUCAGUGGGCCCUUUCUCUCAUGUGCUUCCUUCUUCCUCCUACUCUCAACUCUGCAAAAAAAACCCUACCACAUUGCACAAUGUUUCUCUUAAAAUCUUGAAAAAAGUUUUAUUUUUUGCAUCAAAGAUCACUUGGUUUCUUGUUUUACUUCAUUGUGUUGUCAAAAAGCUUCUAUCUUUGCUAAAGAAACGAACACCCUUCUUGUGUUAAAGCUUUUAUCUUUACUUGUUCAGUAAAGAACACUUGAGUUCUUGUUUUUCUUUUUCUCAUUGUGUGUCAAAAAGUUCCAAUCCUUGCAAAAGAAAUGAACACCCUUCUUGUGUUAAAGCUUGUAUCUUUACUUGUUCUAUAAAGAACAUUUGGUUUCUUUUUCAUUGUGUAUCAAAAAGUUUAUAUCUUUGCACACCCUUCUUGGUUAAAAGCUUGUAUCUUUACUUGUUCUGUAAAGAAUACUUGGGUUCUUGCUUUUUUUUCAUUGUGUUGUCAAAAAGUUUCAAUCUUUACAAAAGAUAUAAAUACCCUUCUUGUGUUAAAGCUUGUAUCUUUACUUGUUCUAUAAAGAACACUUGGGUUCUUGUUUUUUUUUUCAUUGUCUUGUUUAAGAGUUUCAAUCUUUGCAAAGAAAUGAAUACUCUUAGUUUAAAGCUUGUAUCAUUACUUGUUCUUGGUAUUUCUGCAUUUUUUUUGGUUGUUGAGUCUCAAGAUGAUGAUGUUUCAGUCAUGUUAGCUUUGAAAAAGAGCUUAAACCCACCUAAAGAAGUUGGAUGGUCAGACCCGGAUCCAUGCAAAUGGAACCAUGUUGGUUGUUCAGACAAACGGGUCAUCCGGAUCCAAAUUGGGCACCAGAACAUUCAAGGUACUCUCCCUCCAGAAAUCUCUAAACUUACUGAACUUGAACGUUUAGAGCUUCAAGGAAACAAUAUUUCUGGCCCUUUGCCUAGUUUGAGUGGCUUGAGUUCAUUGCAAGUGUUACUGCUUGGUGAAAAUCAGUUUAGUUCAAUUCCUGCUAAUUUCUUUACUGAUAUGUCUUCAUUACUGUCUGUUGAUAUUGAUAAGAACCCUUUUGUUGGUUGGGAGAUCCCUGAGAGCCUUAGAAAUGCUUCUUCACUUAAAAACUUUUCAGCAAAUUCAGCAAAUGUAAUUGGGAGAAUUCCUAACUUUUUUAGUCCUGAUGAGUUUCCUGGAUUGGUAAAUUUACAUUUGGCUGGCAAUAACUUGGAGGGUGAAUUGCCCUCCAGUUUUUCUGGCUUGCUGCUUGAGUCUUUAUGGUUAAAUGGACAGAAGCUUAAUGGAGGAAUUGAUGUUAUAUCAAACAUGACAUUCCUGAAGGAGGUUUGGUUGCAUUCCAAUAACUUUUCGGGGCCAUUGCCAGACUUUUCAGGAUUAAAGGCUUUGGAGACAUUGAGUCUUAGAGAUAAUGCCUUUACUGGUCCUGUGCCUAGUUCUUUGAUGAAUCUUGAGUCUUUGAAGUUCGUUAAUUUGGCGAAUAAUUUCUUUCAAGGACCAAUGCCGGUGUUCAAAGGUUCUGUUGUUGUUGAUUCAGCAAAAGGUACAAACAGCUUUUGUUUGCUACAACCAGGUGAUUGUGAUCCUAGAGUUAAUACAUUGCUUUCAAUUGCAAAAUCAAUGGAUUAUCCAAUGAUUUUUGCGAAGAACUGGAAGGAAAAUGAUCCCUGUGCUGAUUGGUUUGGUCUUACUUGCAGUAAUGGUAACAUUACUGUCAUAAAUUUCCAGAAAAUGGGGCUUUCUGGAACAAUAUCUCCUGAAUUUGCUUCACUGAAGUCACUACAAAAAAUAGUUCUUGCUGAUAAUAAUCUGACUGGUACCAUUCCAGAAGAGCUAACCACAUUGACAGGCCUUACAGAGUUAGAUGUGUCAAACAAUCAAAUUUAUGGAAAGGUACCAGCUUUUAGGAAAAAUUUGAUUCUGAAAUAUAGUGGUAACCCUGAUAUUGGGAAGGACAAGAGUGAUGCACCUUCCCAAGGCAGUUCUCCAGGUGUUUCAACAGGCUCUGAUGAUGGAAAUUCCCAAGCAGCUCGUAAGAAGUCCAAUCGCCGGGUUGGAAUUGUGGUGUUUUCUGUAAUUGGAGGUGUAUUUAUGCUUUGUUUGAUUGGAGCGGCAGCUUUCUGUCUGUACAAAAGCAAACAAAAGCGUUUUAGCCGAGUGCAAAGUCCAAAUACCAUGGUAUUGCAUCCACACCAUUCUGGUUCUGACAAUGAUAGUGUGAAAAUCACAGUUGCAGGAUCCAGUGUCAGUGUUGGUGCAGUUGGUGAAACUCAUACUGUUUCUGCUAGUGAAGCCGGUGAUGUUCAAAUGGUUGAAGCAGGAAAUAUGGUGAUUUCCAUUCAGGUACUGAAGAAUGUGACCAACAAUUUUAGUGAAGACAACAUACUAGGCCGGGGAGGCUUUGGCACUGUCUACAGAGGUGAAUUGCAUGAUGGGACUAAGAUUGCAGUCAAAAGAAUGGAAAAUGGAAUCAUCACUGGGAAGGGACUAGCUGAAUUCAAAUCCGAGAUUGCUGUUUUGACUAAGGUCAGACAUAGGCAUCUUGUUGGACUACUUGGGUACUGUCUUGAUGGAAAUGAGAAGCUUCUAGUGUAUGAAUACAUGCCUCAAGGAACAUUAAGCAGUCAUCUCUUCGACUGGGCAGAAGAAGGGCUUAAACCCCUGGAAUGGACAAAACGGUUGACCAUUGCAUUAGAUGUUGCUAGGGGUGUAGAGUACCUCCAUAGUUUAGCCCAUCAGAGUUUCAUUCACCGGGAUCUGAAGCCUUCAAAUAUUCUUCUAGGGGAUGAUAUGAGGGCUAAAGUUGCAGAUUUUGGCCUCGUCAGACUUGCUCCAGAAGGGAAAGGUUCUAUAGAGACAAGGAUUGCUGGGACAUUUGGAUAUCUGGCACCGGAAUAUGCAGUAACAGGGAGAGUGACAACCAAGGUGGACGUGUUCAGUUUCGGUGUGAUUUUGAUGGAGCUCAUCACAGGAAGAAAGGCUCUUGAUGAAAGCCAGCCUGAGGAGAGCAUGCAUCUAGUAACAUGGUUCCGAAGAAUGCAUCUCAAUAAGGAUACAUUCAGAAAGGCAAUCGACCCUGCAAUUAACCUUAGUGAGGAAACACUCGCCAGUAUCAGCACUGUAGCUGAGCUAGCUGGCCACUGCUCUGCAAGGGAGCCAUAUCAAAGGCCUGACAUGGGCCAUGCUGUCAAUGUUCUUUCAUCUCUUGUAGAGCUCUGGAAACCAUCCGACGAGUGCUCAGAGGACAUAUACGGCAUUGAUCUCGAUAUGUCAUUACCCCAAGCGCUUAAAAAGUGGCAAGCUUAUGAAGGUUCAAGUCACAUGGAUUCAUCCUCCUCUUCUUACCUUCCAAGCUUGGAUAACACUCAAACAAGCAUACCUACUCGCCCCUACGGAUUUGCUGAGUCAUUUACAUCUUCUGAUGGUAGGUGAGAAGUUGACACUCUUUGAUCUAGGUUUGGUUGUUCAUUCUCUCCGUUUCUUCCUCAUCGUGAGUCACACGACAUUUUCUUCUUCUUUUUGCUUUUAACUCUUUAUGCUUUUACCUUAACUCAUUGUUAUAGGGAUUCUUUUUAAGAUUUUUAUUGUCUUUUGACUCUUAUUGUAUGAUGAUGAAUCUCUCUCUCUUUUUCCAUGUGAAUACAUUGUGGUUUGGUUGGAAAUGAAAGGGAUGCCAUCAAUUACCAGUAGAUUAUGGUUACUUUUGUGUUCUUCAAUUGUUUUGUUUUUUGUUAGAAAAAUAGUAGGGUGCAAGCUGUAUUGAAAUGUAAAGUGGCUUUGAAGUGUGCAAAUUAUAAAGUUAGCUUUUGCUUA